AUUCCUUCUACAAAAAAAGUCCACAAAUUGUCUUUGUUUGUGGUGACUGUAAAUCUAUUUUUCUCUUGUUUUGUCUCAGUUUCGCUAAUGUUAUUACUGAAAUUUUAUGCUCGAAUUAUUAAGGAACAACGUUGUGGAGGUUAAAAAGGCUAAAAACGACAAAAACAGUCCAUAAACUGUGCAGAAUAUGUAUCCAAGAGAAGUCUAUGUCGAGCUUGUACAACAACUGGGCCUAAAAAGACUAAAUAGAUAGAUGAAAAAUGCAAAAAUAGCCAAAGAAAUUACGUUAAGAGACCUAAUAUGCUUAACUAUGAAUAUAUUGGACAGAGGAAAUGAAAAUAUUAUUUAUCUGAAGCAUUAUUUUUGAGAGUAUUUUGGUGACAAGUUGUGGAAGAGAAAAGUUGUUCAAGAUGGAUGACACAAACAGUGUACUACUUGAAAAGAUGAAGAAAAGAAGAGCUGCGAUGGAGGCAACCAUCAUGUCAGAGACCAACUCAUAUCAAUCUGAUGCUGAUGAAACAAUGCAUCAAACAAGGACCCACUCCAAUACUUUGACACCAUCAAGAAUGGCAGAUGACACAGUUACUGAAAUUCAAACAUUAAGCCCUGGUGGGGCAGACGAGACACUUGUACAGGAUCUGGAUCAAGACCAUGACAUGCUUCAAAACUUACAAACCAGAAGACAGCAAAGAAAAGAAGAGCUUUCUCGUACCCUGGAGAGUGGCCCGUCAGGUGGUGCAUGGGGAGAACAAGCCCAAAGCCAGCAGCCAUCCACUUCUGCACUGCCAGAAUCUCCGUCAGGUCCUGGGCCACGCCUACAAAAGUUGACUACUGGUGAUGAUAGGCUAUCACCUUCAACAGCUGGUGACAGCAUGAAUCUAAAUGCAUCUAUCAGAGAAAGACUACGCAGUAAAGUCAGGGGGAGACAGGCAAUGGGUGCUUUGGAGGAAACUACACCUGAACGCAGACUGAAAGGCCUAAGAGAUCAUCCACUACCAACAAGAUUUGAUGAAGCAGGGCUGGCAGGACUAGACGAGAUGGAAGAAGAAGAGGAUAAAGCUUUGCAAGAGAGUAUUGCAAGUGUCAAUAGAUGGAAGAAAAUGGCAAGAAUGACUCAUAUAAGACAUCCUGAUGGAGCGCCGUCAGAAGAGGAGGCAUAUAACUUCUUUGUUGGUAGUAUGGAUACCGAGGGGACUGACCAGAAGGACGCAACAACAGAACAGGUAACUGAAGUUCCUGAUGAAGGUUUGCCAACAUUUUGGGGCAAACCACGUUACGUUCCGCAAUACAAGCAGCUGGAGAUUGAAUCAACUAUAUAUAAAGUACCAAGUAUCCUGGCAGUUCCCAUUGAUAAGAAAGUUCCAGAAGGGCGAGAGCCCAGGUAUCUUGAAGAGGAAGGGUUUUAUGUUGGUAAACCACCACCAGUCUGCUUCUCUAACCUAAAUAUCAUGGAAGAUAGGCUUGUUGGCACUGAUAAGAAACUCAUCUGGUUUGGUGAAGAUGGUCAUCUAAAACGUCUUGCUAACCCACUUAGAGAAAAAUCCACCCGACCCACCCCAGUCAUAGCACCUGAAGAACUGGACCGGAUCCCAGAGGGUCAGUACCAGCUGGAUGUAGAUAGUUCUACCAUCACCUUCACCCAUCAUCCUUUAUUCAGUAAGGAACACGUACUGGCAUCGCGCCUUCAACAGCUGUACAAACAGUACUGUCAACGACGCAAGAAGGCCUUGUCUGCGCACCUUACAGACAAGCUCACAGCUUUAAAGAUUGCUCGAAGACAAAUCCAAGAGGGAGAGAUGGAAGCAAGAAGAAGUAAUAAGAAUAAAGAAGCUACUGACAGAGAGAAGCGAGCACGAGACUAUCUCCAGCAAAUCAAGGACGUUCGCAGACUAAGAGACACAGAAGAUUAUAGUGAUAGAACACUGAUAAAGAGCAUGUUGCAGUGCUGGAAGGACAUCAAGUCUCUACGUGACGCCCAGGGUUACACUACCACUCCUAUCAAACUAGUUAUACAUAAAGAAGAGGCGGAUCCAAAUGAAGUGGAGUUAUAUCGAAUAGAACUGGAAGAAGAGCUACGAGAAAGAAUAGAGGAAUUUGAAUCAGAAUAUCAACAGCAGCUAGCAACCUAUGAAUCUGAGCUAAGAGAAUGGAAGCGAAUCAUGAAGAAAAGGAAAAGAAAACAAGAACAACUCGUGUCUCAAGGAGAUGGUGAACAGACAAGUCUGAUGGAUGGAGAAGCACCUCACAAACCGGUUCGUCCUGCAGAAUUCGACGAAGAAACCGAGCGACAAAAGAUCCUAGAGAAUGCGCGGAAAAUGCGUAGAACACCAGGUGAACCAAUAUUGAUACCAGAGGUUCACAACACCACUAGUAUAACACCACCAGAACAGUGCCCCAGAACUGAAGUACUUCGCCGUAAUGAUGUCCAGCGGUGGUCAGCAUUCAUCAAAGUCUUAUUCAAUGAAAAGGAGGUCUCCAAAACAUCUGUAAAGCGUCUCACAUCUGACUUCACCAUUCAUUUUGGAGAGAUUCAUAACAUACAAAUAGUAGAAUGGCCUGAGAGCAUUAAACUGCAGAUCAUAGAAAGUGGAGUACCCAACAAAUUACUAGUGGAAUUGUUCAUUCCAGUCCCUGAAAUAGGCCGAGUAACUGGCCGCGCUGAGCUGGAGAGCCUGGAGUUUAGUAGUAAUCAGAUGAUCGCAUAUAAACAUGAAGGUGUAGGCAGUGGACAUGUGAUCAACCUCGGUAUCCCCAACAACACAGGUGAACCACCUUUCUUUGACCAGGAAAUCUUGCUCACAUCAGGUUACCUGUUGACUGGGGUGUCCUGGGCACUAGAUAAUGAUGGUCGGCCCAUGGCUCCUCCGUUAUCCUUGACCGGCGUUGACAAGAGCCUUAGUGCUCUUAGACGAUACGAUGCUAUGGCAGCUCUUGGUGCAGCUGGAAUGGUUGAUAUGCAGAAUCUUGCUAAGUGGAUUGCUGAGUCUCAUCUUGAUCCUAAUGAUCCUGCUAAUGCAGAUAUAAUGAGUAUUAUGAAGAUGGGUAUGGAUGGAGCAGAGGCACCCAGGUUUUUCCGUCUGAAUCAGCUAGAAGCAGAGUCAGAGUUCGUUACUAAAGAAGAAAUGGAAAGAUCUAAACGAUUCCAGCUCAUUCAUCUGAGAGACCAAGGGGUGAGUGUCCGAGAGGAAGUCACUCAACGUUCUCUUGUUGCUAAGCGACAAAUGGAACUCAAAGACAUGGUCAUAGAAGAUGAAGUCCCGGAUAUUGGGACAUUAGGGAUACGAAUAGGACAGCUGUUUGCUCCAAGACGACCUUUAAGACCCGUGAGGAAGGAACGAAAAGUCGUUGGGGCUCAGAACUUGACAGUAACGGACGUCAAGGUGCUGGUCAAUGUGGUCCGUGCUCUGGAUAUUCCAAUACGCAACGAACACCAGAGGACAGCAAGAUCUCCUGAUAAUCGCUUCGGAGCUACAUCCUCACGGCAACCCGGUGGAGGUCCAGUAGCUGGCGGACAGUCCGGGCAAAGCCGUGUGCAAGACCACUCGGAUCAGCUUCUCGUCCGUCCUUUUAUCGAAGCUGUAUUCCAAGGAAAUUUUGCAAAGACAAGUGUCGCGGAAGGGCCUAACCCGAGCUGGAAUGAACAACUUAUUAUUCCUUUUAGGGCGCCCAAGAAUGAUUACUCACCAGAGAAUCUACAGACGGUUAAUGAUGUCAUGUAUCUGAACUUGUUUGAUGAACUUGUCUAUGAUAUCUUACAGGAUGACCGUCAGCGUGGUACUAGUGUACAUCAACGUCUAGAGAGACACUGGUUGGGAAGUAUAGAGAUACCAUUCUCUACUAUCUACUUCAAUGGCAAGGUUGAAGGAACGUUUCGAGUAAACACCCCACCAGUCCUUCUCGGUUACCAUCAUCAGAAACGAUCUCUGGGGUCUGGUACUAAUGUCCAAGUCAAGCAUGACACCCUACUGACCAUUUUUGUAACGAUUGAGCCGGCGUUACAACCAUCACAUCCAAUGGCUGAACGGGAGUUGCUAGCCCGAUAUGUGUCUCUAGUUCCUUAUGUAUCGGAUUCUGCUGCAUUUCCUGAUCUGUGUGACAUCUGGGCCACUUCUGAUCAAUUCCUCCAGAUGUUGGCAGGCGAUGAAGAAGAACACGCUAUCCUACUAUGUAAUUACCUGACUCACAGGGGGAGGGGAAAGGCUUACGUUGUACUAGGAACGGGUAUACCAGAAGGGUCCACUGCAUAUGUUCUGACGGUAGUGGAUGGUAAGCACCAACUAUGGAACGCGCACACGGGACGCUCGUACGAUGUACAUGACCCUCACUGUCCUCUGAAGAGUCUUGGAUGUGUCUUCAAUGAGGAAAACAUCUGGGCAAACGUGCAAGAAAACGACGAACCAUUCAGACUCAUCUAUGACUUUACUAAACCAAACUUGUGGCAGCCAUUCUUUUCCAAGAAAUACCCACGACCUGCGUUAUCUAGUGUCCAGAAAGAGACACUCGAGUACCGUACAGUAGAUCGUGAAUAUGUGAUACGAACACAAGACAGGGUUGAGAAGUUGUUAAUGGAUAAGAUAAUGAGCUGGAGACCUCGUUUCGUUACUCGUUGGAACAGAUACUGCACGCAAGCAUUUAGAAAUCUUCUUUCCAACAUCGAGCAGACUGUAGGUCAGGCAAACCCAGAUAGCCACACAGCUGAACUCGACCAAAUCCUAUCAUCUUACCAGUUGUCUGGUUUUCCUAUCAAUAUGCCAUUCACAGACAUCCCUCCAGUUAUGGAUGCAGUCUACAGCACAGGAGUGCAUUCUAUAGAGGAUCCUGAUGUAGAGUUUGCUCUAGCUACCCAUAUCCAUCCGUACCCCCAUGGUGUCAUGUCUCUCUGGGUGUAUGUAGGUACCCUAAAGCGUAAAGGUGCAUACUAGUGUGUAGUAACUGACUGUACUCACAAUAGCUACCCAUAUCCAUCCGUACCCCCAUGGUGGCAUGUCUCUCUGGGUGUAUGUAGGUACCCUAAAGCGUAAAGGUGCAUACUAGUGUGUAGUAACUGACUGUACUCACUAGUUGUAGAGUUUGUUCUAUCUACCCAUAUCCAUCCAUACCCCCAUGGUGUCAUGUGUGCCUGGGUGUAUGUGGGUACCCUGAAGCAUCACGGUAUAGCCGUUACCCUAAAAGUGGUAUUUUAUCUGCUACAGGUGUACUUGAUACAACCUGUUUCGCAUUUGUUGCGAAGAAUUUUUAACGUUUUUUUAAAAUAACAAAUUACCAUCAUCAAGAUCCUUAUCUUUGACUUCUAAUGUGGUUCAUUAUGAUUGGAUAGUACUGGUUAUCGUUCAAGCGUUUUAAUUGGUUCCAUUCAAAUUGAGAAGCCAUUUUAAUGUCACAUUAUUGUUCGUUUCCCACUCAUACGAAAUCUGCUGUGAAAACAUUUUCGUACUUAAUUGUAGAUAAAACAUAUUACUUAAACAGUUGUUAUUUAUUAGAGUUUUAAAAAUAUAUCCUUCGUCAGUUUUAAA